AUGAGGGAGUGUCUAGCUGUCCCCUAGUCUGACAGGCAGUCAGCAUCUCCAUCACAGCCUUUUUCUCCCUGGAAGCUGCUGGGCCAGACGGAACCAAAAGCACCUAAAAGGAUGCACAUGAAAGGGAUUCAGCCAUUCCCACUCCUCCUUCUCCCUCAGAGCCUCAUGAAGUUCCUGGCUUUCCUGAGUCUGUUGACUCUGGUGCUGCAGGAGGCAGGGAUGGCCUCUCUCCUAGGGGAGAGGGAAAGAGAAGAGCAGAGCCCUGAGGAAGGUGACACUUACACGUCCCUGCAUGUGGGGAACUAUACCCUGAGCCUAGAGGACUACAGUGAAGUCAUUGACCUGAGCAGCUAUGAGGAGCUUGCAGACUAUGGGGACCAGAUCCCUGAGGCUAAAAUAAGCAGUCCGACUCUUCCAACAAGAGGCAGUCCCACCAGCACCGUGGCUCCAAGGACAUUGUCAUCACAACUCACAAUGGCAGGACCUACCACCACUGGCCUACUGAACAGCCAUGAGAACAGCCAUGGCCUGCCUACCUGCCUGGUCUGUGUGUGCCUUGGCUCUUCUGUGUACUGUGAUGAUGCAGAGCUGGAGAACAUUCCUCCUCUUCCCCAGAUGACCGCCUACCUGUACGCUCGCUUCAACCACAUCAGCCUCAUCCAGGCUGGAGACUUCAAAGGGCUGACAAAACUGAGAAGGCUCGACCUCUCUGGCAACUCCAUCUCCUCCAUCCACAAUGAUGCCCUCCGCCUGCUGCCUGCCCUGCAGGAUCUGAUCCUUUCAGAGAACCAGCUGGCAGCCCUGCCUGUGCUGCCCAGUGGCAUCGAGUUCCUGGACGUCCGCCUGAAUCGGCUGCAAAGCUCUGGGAUACAGCCUGAGGCUUUCGUGGCGCUGGAGAAGCUGCAGUUUCUCUACCUGGCAGACAACCUGCUGGAUUCCAUCCCUGGGCCUUUGCCCCUCAGCCUGCGCUCCCUGCACCUGCAGAAUAACAUGAUCGAGACCAUGGGGAGCGACACUUUCUGUGACACCAGGGAGCACAGAUAUGAGCACCGCCGGCAGCUAGAAGACAUCCGCCUGGAUGGGAACCCCAUCAAUUUGAGCCUUUUCCCAGAGGCCUAUUUUUGCCUGCCACGGCUCCCUGUGGGCCGCUUCACUUAGCUGCCACUGGUCCUCUCUUCCCAGACAGUGCUCAGAGGCUCACUGAGGGAGCACUGUCUCCCUGCACCUAAGAAGUGAUCUGUAGUCCAAGUUCCAGGAAGCCUGUGAGCCACAGUUGCAAAAUUUCACAACACAUACACACACACACACACACACACACACACACACACACAG